GUCCUCUGCAUAGAUGAGUGUGUGUGCGCUGAAUGAAAAGGAGUUCUUGUCCUGCUGUCAGCUCCUCCUGCAGCAGUCUGAGCAUCUGAGAGAUGGCUGGAGCUGGGAGGCCGUCCAGGGUUCAGAAGAGGGCUACCUCAGGAAGACCGUUCUCAGGUCAGUCGUAGCUGACUGCUGCGAUGCACAGAAACAGGAAGCUGCUUCGGUUUCCCCCAUUUUCGCUCCCCCCAUCCAAGAGCUGCAGCAACAGGAAAGGACGCAGCCUGUUGCUGCUACCCGUCUCCAUCCUGACGGCAUCACAGGCGACGGCGGCGAUGAGGACGAUGCGGUCUGCGUGCUGUCUGAAGGCAGCCGCCACGUGCUUCAGUACGAGUAUCACAUCCUGUACUCCUGCAGCUACAGUGCUCCGGUGCUGUAUUUCAGAGCGUUCACCCUGGAGGGUCGGAGUGUGAUGUUAGAGGACGUGUGGAGCUCAGUUCAUCCAAACUUCAGACGCUGCCUUCAGAACAGUCCUUUGACUGCAAUCACUCAACAGGAGCAUCCUCUGCUGGGUCAGCCUUUCUUUAUGCUCCACCCCUGUAGGACGGAGGAGUUCCUGAGGCCUGUGCUGCAGGAGGAACAGCCCAG